GAGUAAACACGAGCCUCAAGAUGGCUGACUCGCUGGGCUCCGCUCACCUCGCCGGAGCCGCGGCUGCUGCGGGGCUCGCCUCCGCCAAGAGCCCGCUCGUCAAGUCGGCUGCUGCCCGGGAUUUCAACCCGCCGCCGCCGCCGCUGGCCAAGAAGCCCCGAGUCGAGGAGCGCAGCGUUAAGCCCAAGAAAGUCAGCAGGGACGCGGGAGUGGGAGGCAACGGUGGCGGCAGAGAGAAACUCCAGCACCCCGGCAAGCAGCGGCAGAGUUCCGGCAGCAGCCCGGGGGAGUGGAGCGGCGGCAGCAACAACCCUCCUGCCCCUUCCACCGACGGAUCCCAAACACCCACAAACACGCACAAAGUGUUCAAACAGAGCGACUUCUUCCUCUAUAAAGCGACGUCCUCCUCCUGCAGAGCCAAGAAGAGCAGCAGAGAGAAACAGCGGGAGAGCACCGAGAAGCUUCUGAGAGGAGGCGCGGAGCAGCAGCAGGAGGAGGAGGAGGAGAAGAAACACAAAGUGAUAGUGACCUCCGGACCCGCGACCAACGACAACAACAACAACGACACCAGCAAACCGAGCCCUCUCUCGGCGGUGACGAGGGAGAACGGAGAGGUCACGCUGCCGCCCAAAGAGCACUCUGCCAAGGACAAAGCGAAGGAGAGAGACCGAGAGGAGAGGGAGAUGAAGAAGGUCAAAGACAGAGAGAGGGAAAAGGAGAAGAAGAAGCACAAAGUGAUGAAUGAGAUCAAGAGGGAGAACGGAGAAGUCAAGCAGCUGAUUAAAGAUGAAAACGAAAAAGCCCAGGUCAAUGCGGAGGAGCUGCAAAUCAAAAAAGUCAAGAAGAAAAAGAAGAAGAAACACAAAGAGGGGGAGAAGCACAAACGAGUGAAGAUGUACCACCGCUCCUGCCAAACCAUUUGUGCCGGCCUGCUUCUCCCCAGCGAUCACACGCACAAAUCCCCCCUGUCUCCGUUCAAGACGCCGCUGCCGGUUUACCCCUCGCCGAACAACAAAACGUCACACGUGCCCUCCUCUCCUCCUACUGCUUCUCUCGCCUCAAAACUCCUCUUAAGCGCCUCACUUCAAAACACGCCCGGCGAUCCAUCCUCCUCCAUCAAGGCACCGCUCCCUCGGCCGACCAAACAGCAGCCGCAGGGCUCCUACCCCGGUAUGGCAGGCCUGGAGUUUGCUCCGUACAUUCACAUAGAGAACCAGCCAAACGGGGGGGCACUUGUGGCUCAUGCCUACACCUCACAGCUCUCUGCCCUGUCGAUGGGACAGAAGCAGAGAUUUGCCCAGGAGUUUGUCAGCCUGGCGUUCAGCGAGGACUCGUCGCAGGCAGCUCAUUAUGUCAUGGGAAUCGUCCACGGAGAAGCCAGCUACCUGCCGGAUUUCUUGGAUUACUUCUCUACCAAAUUCCCAGCAGCUCCAGUCAAAAUGGAAAUAUUGGCAAAGAAGGACAUAGAAACUACAACUAUGGCUAGUUUCUACUCUCAGGUGAAGAAGACGUACAGUCACGGUACCUACAGAGCCGGGGCCAUGAGGCAGAUCAGCCUGGUGGGAGCUGUGGACGAGGAGGUCGGGAAUUAUUUCCCAGAAUUCCUCAGCAUGCUGGAGGAGUCGCCCUUCCUGAAGAGGACCCUUCCAUGGGGGACGUUCUCCAGUCUGCGGCUGAUGAGUCCCAAAGACAGUGACGACGGUCCCAUAAUGUGGGUCAGACCCGGUGAACAGAUGAUACCUUUGGCUGACAUACCAAAGUCCCCGUUUAAAAGAAGGCGCUCCACCAACGAGGUGAAGAACCUGCUGCAGUCACUGCCCAGGACCAGCGAGCCCAGAGAGAUGCUGUUUGAAGACCGGACUCGGGCCCACGCCGAUCACAUCGGUCAGGGCUUCGAGCGUCAGACCACAGCGGCCGUUGGCGUGUUGAAGGCUGUGUGCACCGGAGAGGGCUCGGAGCCUCCUCGUGUUACCAAAGACGUUGUGUGUUUCCAUGCUGGUGAUUUCCCUCACGCAGUUCAGAGGCUGCAGUUGGACCUACAUGAACCCCCACUGUCUCAGUGUGUGCAGUGGGUAGACGAUGCCAAACUAAACCAGCUGCGUCGCGAGGGCAUCCGCUACGCCCGCAUCCGCCUUAGCCACGAUGACAUCUACUUCAUCCCCCGCAACGUGGUCCACCAGUUCAAGACCGUAUCUGCCGUCUGCAGCCUGGCGUGGCACGUCCGCCUAAGGCAGUACCAUCAUGGAGAGGAGGAAGAAGAAGAGGACGAGGACGAGGACGAGGAUGACGAGGAGGAGGAGGAGGAGCAAGUUGAGUUGAAGAAGGCAGGGAGAGAAACGGUGGAGCUAUGGCGAAAACAGGAGGUGAGGAGAGAAAAGAAGGGCGAGAAAGUAAAGGAGAGGAUAAAAGAGGAGGCAGAGGAGCAGGUGGUUGUGGCAGAAAACAGGACACUGCCGGUUGUCAAAAAGGAAGAGCAGCAUCUUCGUCAUCCUCCUCCUCAUCCUCCACCUGUGUUGCCUCAGCCUGCUCGCCCAGUGGACGCAAAAGUGGGCGGUGCUAGAGUUAAAGAGGAGGAGACAGAGAGGGUGAAAGAAAGAGGAAAACACAAACACCAGGAUUCACUUCCUGUGAAGGUGAAGACUGAACCUCCAGCUCCUCCUCUCUGCAAAAAUAAAUCACCAUCGCCUCUUCCUCUUUCACCUCCCGCCUCUGUUCAUCCUCCAAAACCCAAAGCAUCAUUGAAGCCCCACCAUCACCAUCAUCAUCAUCAUAAUCUCCACAACCACCAUCAUCACCGUCACUCAGACAGCAGAAUGACGUCUUCCAGUGCAGCGCCCUCUUCCUCGUCUUCCUCCUCUUCUUCUCCAGCUUUGUCUAAGUUAUCCUCCUCUCCUGCGCCACCAGCAGGAUCCGUUGACCCACUGCGCUCCUCUUCCUCUUCCAGUUCUACUUCGGUCCCUGUUCUGUCCUCCUCUGCAUCCACAUCUUCGCUGACGAGUCCCAAGCCGACGGUGGAGUCUCGCCUUUCAUCGCUCCUUCCUUCCACUUUGUCUUCCCAUCCGCCUCCCUCCUCCCAGUCGGGACAACCAGCGAAGAGAGACUUGCAUCGUCUGAAACCAGACGUUCAUUCAAACACACGGACACCAACACAGUCAGAGGUCCGAGCACUCGCUGCAAAUGUACAGACACACACGCCCCAGUUUGACACAAGGACACCCACCACAGCCGAUGCACGAGAUCAAACACCGGUGCACACACGGACUCAAACGCUCCCAGAGAAAUGGACUCACAGUUUGGACUCUGACUCGAGGAUGCCACAUGACACGGGGAGGCAAGGGGUUUACAUGCAGCAAUACGCAUCCCAGCACCUCCCUCAAACUCUCCCGCCCUCCUUCUCCCAUCUCCUUCCAAACUCCCACCAUGCUCACCGGCCGCCGGUCCUCCCGCCGAACCCGCUCUCCAACCCGUCCCUCCCGAUGCAGCCGCAAGCUCUCAACUCGUUCCUGAGUCAGACGCCGACGUCGCAUUCGCUUCACAUGAGCCAGCUUCACCUGCAUCCGCCGCACCAGCCGAGCAUCACCACCCAGUCGCAGCCGUACUACCAUCAGCCCACGCCCCUCACCAGCGCCCAGUCUCUCCCGCCUCACCUCCCUCACCAUCACCAGUUCGCCAAAUCCUUCUUCCCUCCUCCCCAGCACCCGCACUUCACCCCUCACCCCUUCCUCCCCCAUCCCUCUUUCCCGCCGAGCUCUUACCCGCUACAGCCGCAGUACCAGACCUCGGCACCAGGGCCGGUUCCGCUCUCGAUGUCCUUCUCCCAUCCGCCCCCUCCUCCCCCUCCUCCUCCUCCCCCCUCCUCGCAGUCUCUGCCUCCCCCUCUUCCCCCUCUUCCACCUCCUCUGCCCCCUCAGCCCUCCUCCUCGGUCCUCUCCCCUCCUCCAAAGCAUGAAGAGGAAUGGAGACAGAUUUUAUAGUCGUUUUUUUGUACAUAAUGACCCUGUUGUUAAAUGACUGUACAUGUAAAAGGUUUUAUUUUGGUUGUGUUGUUGUAAAAACUGUAAAAAAAGGAAGUGCGACGAUUGAUCGUAUCAGUACAGAGGCAGUGUCAUGGUUUAUAAAGCAGAGUUGGAUUUAUUUACCCACGCCUCUCAACCGGCUUAGGCUGUUUUGAUUUGGUUCAUGAAUAAUCAGGCAGCACCGGUGGUUUUGGCCUUAAGUGAAGUCUGGUUGAACUGAAACCGGAUGUUGAAUAAGAGAUUUUCCAGGUUCACGUCUACCAAACUGCUGUCUGGUUCUGUUUUAUCAAUUUUGUCGGAUAUUUAUAUAAAGAGGUCACAGAGAUGACCUUUUUGUGAAACUUGCAGCUAAUGCUUCCUUUUUGUGUAUUUCAUUUCAUUGUGCCCAAGACUGUUUCUGGAAUAAUGAUGAGUCAAACUGAUAUUAUACGAUACGCAGACGUAUUUGUGUGAUAUCACUGCAUUUAUUCUCCUACAUUGUAUCGAUGAAUCUUAAUCAUUACAGUUUGGUGCAGAACUUUUCCCUGAUACUGUAUUUUGAGCAAUAAUGCUCUGCAAUAAUCUGCUGAAUUUAAAAUUGAAAUCCCCAGUUAUUUUCAGUAUUUUUAUCUGAAUCAUGUUCAUUGACCCGACCUCCAUGAGGAGAGAAUCAGUGUUAUUAAAGUAUUUAAAAUUAUGUUAUCUUAUCACUUGCAGUAUGUUAUUGCCCAAGAAGAUGGUUAGUGCAGUUUAACUGCACUAAAAUAAAAGGAAAAGCCCUAUUUAGAAUUAAAUUAUUAAAUUAUUGGACACUAGAGUUUUAAUCGAUCAGGGUCAUUGAAAUCUGAAUAAAUCUCCAACAUAAUAUCAGUCAGCAGCUUCAUGGAGAGCUUGCCCCAGAUUUAGUAUGUUAAGACUUAUCCCAGCACUUGGAAACCUGUUUAAAUACAGUUUAUAUUAUUAUAAACCAGAUUAUCAAUAGGGCAAUUUCAGGCUCUUCCAACUUCUAAUUUCAAUAAAGUUUUUCAUGGAGACAUGCUCCGAGACACUUUGAAAACAGAUGGUACACUGUGGAGACUUCACUUAACGCACUAUUUAUCUAUUAACCUGAAGUCCGGUUUCUGUGCCGCGUGGAGCAUCCUGUCUGUAAAAACUUAUUUUAUUUAUCAACCAGGGACUGAAGUGACCUCCUGUGUUUUGAAGUACAAUAAAUUAUUGAAAUUCUGUUUCAGCCGCAGCUAUGAAGAGUAUAUGUUUCUCCAAGUAUCAGAUUUUUUUUUUUUUUUUAUCAAAUUGUUCCGUCUCAGUGAGCAGAAAUAGAUUUUUCUUGUUUUGUUGUGUUAUUGAUGUCUUGAUUUGAUCAAUAUUGGAGUACAGCCCACUUGCUAAUGUAGCCCACAGCAUUUCCCCAGUGCCUGUCCUUAACUGUGAACUACUAAAUGGUCCAGAGUCACGGAGAGGAGGAGUUCUGUCCGUUCAUGGCGAGUUUGUUGUUAUGAGUCACAGUUUCCUGUUUUCCCUGGAAAAUGAGAAUCAAGCCUUAAAUUGGUGUCAAAAGCCACUGAACACUCUCCAGAUACCUGUGGUCUAAACCGAGUCAUCUCAGUGGAACGACGUCCAGAGAGCAGGGUUGUGUUUUUCAUGGUUCAACUCACCGCAGCCCACGGAGCUCCAGCUCUCUGGGUCAGUUUUCCUCAGAGAACGUCCGUUCAGAGACAGAACUCCUCACUGUGCAGCUCCUUGGUGGAGCGAGGUGACAACUAAGCACUUGAUCCCAGAUGCGAGGCCCUGCAGCUCUUUUUAUGCUCUUAGGUUUCAGAUGUUACAAAAAAAGAAAACAUGACAGGAACAUAUAUAUUUUUUUGUACAAAUUUGACGAAAAAUAAGGUUGAAAAGAAUAAAGUCUCCAGGGGCUUGUAUAGUUUUCACCGAAUUUAUUUAUCUCAAAGUUUUUGGUUUGUUUGGUUUUCUAUUUUGUUUCUGUGAUUUUCAACUGUCAGCACUGUUGUGUACAUAAGAGGUUUUUGUAAAGAGGAAAACAACUUGUAGUGUGGUUUCUACUUUAAAUAUGAGCCUAGCUAAUAAAAGGUUCAAUGUAUGAAAAUG